GAAGCGUAUCGAGGAAGGGAAAAGUAUCCAGGACUAUGUCAUUGCGCCUGGACAGCACUGGCUUGACGGCAUAGCCAUCUCACCCGGUAUCGUGAGGUAAUUUGUCGCUAUGCCGAUGGGCCAGGGCUAUAGCGUGGAGGCCCAGCUCACCGGAAAAGAAGUCGUUGGCGGUCUCCAGUUCGAGAUAACUCCUACGAUACCCCAGGAGAGUCCACCCCCUCCUCCCCUUCCUGCUCUAAUUCCCCAGGAGACAAUAUUGCCUACGCCACCGAGUGGCUUCUCUAUCAAGAUCCACCAAAUGACUGGAAGGAUCUUUUAUUUUGCCUGUUCGCCGUCAGAUACCAUUGGGAGCAUCAAAAAAGGUAUUGAGGACCAACAAGGGAUUAAUGCUGAUACUCAAAAGCUUUUCUAUGCUCCAACUUCAACAACACUUGAGAAUGGUUAGUAUUCUACCUAUAUAAUCACCGCGAAGUGCUCAAUUAAAUUCCCGGUAGGUAGAUAAAACGUUGGCUUAUUACGGCAUACCUAAUGUAAGUCUUACGUCCUUAAU